AUGCGCGCGAACGAGGAGCUGUUUGAAGAUGCUCUCGUCGAGGAGGAACCGACGUCGACUCCGCCCGUGCCUCCUUUAGUAGAAGGAGGAGGAGGAGAAGAACGAGAAGAAGAGGAAUUAGAAGAAGAAGGGACGAUGACGACCAUGGCUGGCCUUCUGGAAAGCGAAGCGGGGAGAGGGAUCCACGCGAAACUGGAACCGUUUCUUGACCAGUUCAAACACGCCGUGGACGAGCUGGAGAGAGAGUGCGCUUUGAUCGCGGAGAACGCGAAAGCAGACGCGGAUGAAUGCGCGAGAGAGGCGUUCAAAAUAUUGAGCGAUUUGGAGAGGAAAAGCGAGGAGAUGGAAAAGAAAAACCUUGGAACGAGACAAGAUCAACUUUUGAUUAAACAGAAAAGUCUGAAAGCGAUGGAGCUGCUUACGAAGAUGUGA